AUGAAGCAAUGGAAGGAGGAGGAAGAGCCAGAGGUUGAAGAAGGGGGUUUAGUUAAACGCCAGGCUCACAUGCACGUCACAAGCACCACCAUUACUACUUCGAAGUUUGAUGUACAAGCUGCUGAUCAAACAGAAGGAUCUUCCGGACUGAAAAAUGAAGGAGAAGAGUUCAUUCAAAGGGAAGGGAAUUCUGGUGAGAUCGAGAAGAAGACAAAUCUUCAUCCUUUAGAUCCUGUAAUUUCUGUGGACUCUACUUUCUUUAGUAGUGUGAGAACUGAAAGUGAGAGAGUUGGCAUAAUAACAGAGAAUUUGCGGCUAAGGAAGGAACUAUAUUUGGAAAGUCUAUAUCAGAAGACACCCACACAGGGAUUCUAUUGUCCCAAUUGUAAGGUUUGUAUCCAGAAGGUUUUACUUUUGGAUACAGUCCAGCAAGAAAUAAGUGCUCCUGAACAACGUCCUUCACCACCUGAUCCAAUCAGAUGCUCAUCAUGCUUCAGCUUCCUCAUUCCAAUAGGUAGUUGGCUCUUCCCACGGUGGGUACAAGACGAAGUAUCACCUAUUCAAGGUGUGCAACAGCCAACAGGUCACUCAAAGGGAAACGGAAAACUGAGUGAUCAAAGAGCUGAAGUUACAGAAAAAAUUCCAGUUCAGGCCCCUCAGACACGACAAAUUACAGGUCAAGCCCUGGAUGAAGUUAAUACUGCAGCUGAUUCAGGAAAAAUAAUCUCGCAGCCUGAACAAGUCAAGCAUGAUGGAGCAGAUCAAGCAUCUAAUGAAGACGAUCAUAAAACCAGCGAUUCGCCAAAUCUCCCCAGUGAAAUCCCACGAGAUGAGCGUGGACAGGAUGGAUCAAAAAGCAAAAAUUCACGCUGGGGACUUUUAUUUGGUGCUUCAUCCUUUUCCACGAAGAAAAAAGAUAAAAUUGUUAUUCCAGAAAAAUCAGAACAGCCACCGCAGCUUGAAGAGGUUAAAGUUGAUGAAGGAAGCACAGAACUUCCGGAAUCAGGAAGUAGAGAAACAUGGGAAAUUUUGAAAAGCAUUGUGUAUGGUGGUCUGGUUGAAUCUAUAGCAAGCCUUGGCAUUGUGACAUCUUCAGCAAGUUCAGAUGCUACCACACUGAACAUUCUAGUUCUGUCUCUUGCAAACCUGAUUGGUGGACUGUUCAUCCUUGUUCAUAAUAUCUGGGACCUGAAAACUGAGCAACCAAGAACAAACAAUGAAACAAAUGCACGUGUGGAUCGAUAUUAUCAGGUCUUGGGGAAGAGAGAACAUUUCUAUCUUCAUGUGUUCAUAGCCAUAAUAUCAUUCAUCAUAUUUGGGUUGGUGCCACCUGUGGCAUAUGCCUUCACAUUCACUGAGAGCAAUAAUAACGAUCUGAAGCUAGCAGCAGUUGCAGGGGCUUCUGCAAUUUGCAUCAUUCUUCUUUCAAUUGCAAAAGCAUACAUCCAGAGGCCAAAUACAUAUCUCACAUAUCUCAAAACAGUGCUUCAUUAUCUCAGCACUGGGGCUAUGACUUCAGCAGUUUCUUACUUAGCUGGUGAACUAGUUAAGGAACUCAUAGAAAAGCUUGGAUGGUUUGACACCAAAAGCUCAAGUUUUACUCUGCUUCUUCCUGAGAUGAGUGUAGAGAAACCCAGAUUUGGAUCCUACUGA